AUGACGGCUGACGCAAGGACGGACGAUGGUGGUCUUCGUCGUGCCUACACACGCAGCAUGCCUGCCGUUCUGCGUCCUCUUUGGCUACUAGAGGAGUCUAUGAGAGAUGUGCAGGUGCAGUGGGAAGAAAUCAUCGAAGGAGUAAUGGUGGAAGAUGUUUCAUUUUCUUCCGUGCGCGCUGCGGUGCUUCACGUAGAGCGGCUUGCGAGUCAGUUGAAGGCGAUUAAACAGGAGUUGAUGCCACGCCUGAGUCACUUUUCCCAAAAAGAAGAGGAUUCGGAGCAGCCUUUUCUCCGAUAUUGUUCCUGCGCUGCGAAGCCAACUGUUAACGGGGACAAUUCCAUUUGUGACCUCGCCCAAGGAGAGCAGACACAAGCAGCCCGUUUGGCCGCGCGUGUUUGGGUGUGGGGCGUGUGCGUGGGAACAAUUAUGAACGACCUGGAAUUGCUUAGUACCAGUUUGUCUUUUGCAGCUUCGACGUGUCUCCUUGAAAAAUUCGCGGAGGAAGUGCGCCUUACGGAGGCCAGCACCUUCUUUUUGGGUAAAGACGAGGGUGUUGCGUCCCCCCUUUCGGAUAGCGAUCUGUUGCUGGCUUGCCAAUUGCUGUACCAUCUGUUUACAGGGGAUGAUGCAGCUGCAGAGAUGACUUGUCAUCGCGUUUUGUCUCUCAUAGACGACUGCGAGGAGAGGGACGAUGGUAAAGAGUGCAGGGGGUGCAUCUUGAGCCGUCUGGUGCGAAUAGCGGAGUGCGUGGCGGCUGAGGACUAUGGGGCGCUACAGGUCUUGAUGAAAGUUGACUUUUUCACAGGUGUUGAUACUUUAUGCUCGCUACCACCGCUUAUUAUCUUUUUCACACAGAUGAUGCUGGACACGGUGGUCCACCGUCAGUUGGUACAGGGAUGCUUUCAAAAUGUGUGGCGUCCUGUAAUAAACGUAGAUAGGCCUGCGAGGGAUGAAUCACCAAGUGUCCCAUCAGAGGCAAUGAUGAAUUCUUUCUGUAGUUCAUCGCGGCUUUCUUUCACGACAAAAAGGCGCUUGAUGACAUGUUGUGCGGUUUUUCGUGAGAGUUUGCCGCCUCGGGUCCCAUGGCCCAUCCCGGAGGAUUUAAUGGAUCGCUGUUUCCGCAUGGGAUUGUAA